AUGUCGCUCAACAUGAAGACGCUGCAGCAGGCGCUGGCCAAAGCGUCGGCGGUGAUCGAGAAGACGGUGACCACGACGGUGCAGGAGGUCACGGGCCCUCGCCCACUGCAGGACUACGAGCUGCUCGACCAGGCCGGGUCGGGGGGCCCGGGGCUCGCUUGGCGGAUCUACACGGCACGGCCGCGGGACGGGGCCGCCUCCACGCCCUACCCCAUCGUCUCCGUCUGGGUGCUCGACAAGCGCGCUCUCUCCGAGGCGCGGGCGCGGGCUGGGCUCUCCAAGGCCGCGGAGGACGCGUUCCUUGACCUCACACGCGCAGAUGCCGCGCGCCUCGUGCGGCUACGCCACCCGGGCGUGCUCCACGUCGUGCAGGCGCUGGACGAGACCAAGGCUGCCAUGGCCAUGGUCACUGAGCCGCUCUUCGCCUCCGUCUCCAACGCACUCGGAUGCCUCGACAACGUGGGCAAGGUGCCCAAGGAGCUCAAGGGCAUGGAAAUGGGGAUACUUGAGAUUAAACAUGGAUUGCUACAAGUUGCGGAGACAUUGGAUUUUCUUCAUAACAAUGCCCAUCUUGCCCAUCGAGCUAUAUCACCUGAGUCGGUCUUUAUAACUUCAAGUGGAUCUUGGAAGCUUGGUGGGUUUGGUUUUGCUCUUUCUGUUGACCAAGCCACAGGUGGUCUGACAUCAUCACAGCAAUUCCAUUAUUCGGACUAUGAUGUUGAAGACACAGCUUUACCUCUUCAACCAUCUCUGAAUUAUACUGCACCAGAAUUGGUCCGAAGCGGUGAUUCUAAAGUUGGAUCCACCUGUGACAUAUUUAGUUUUGGAUGUCUGGCUUACCACCUAGUUUCUCGUAGACCACUUCUGGACUGCCAUAACAAUGUGAAAAUGUACAUGAAUACAUUGACAUAUUUAACAAGUGAAGCCUUUUCUAAUGUUCCUACUGAUUUGGUAGCGGAUUUGCAAAGGAUGCUAUCCGUUGAUGCAGUAUCACGCCCUAGUGCCAUGGCCUUCACAGGCUCUUCUUUCUUCCGGAAUGAUACAAGGUUGCGCGCUCUUCGCUUCCUUGACCAUCUGCUCGAGAGAGAUAAUAUGCAGAAGUCAGAGUUUUUGAAAGCAUUGAAGGAUAUGUGGAAAGACUUUGAUUCCCGAGUCCUUCGAUAUAAAGUUCUUCCACCUCUUUGUGCUGAGCUACGCAAUAUGGUUAUGCAGCCAAUGAUUUUGCCCAUGGUUCUGACAAUAGCAGAAUCACAGGAUAAAGAUGAUUUUGAGCUUUCAACGUUGCCUGCACUUGUUCCAGUAUUUACCUCAGCAUCAGGUGAAACUCUUCUUUUGCUCGUGAAGCAUGCUGAUCUCAUUAUUAAUAAGGCCACAAAUGAACAUUUGAUAUCGCAUGUCCUUCCGAUGCUUGUACGGGCUUAUGAUGACACCGAUCCCCGUCUGCAGGAAGAAGUUCUGCGACGAACGGUGCCACUAUCUCGACAAAUUGACAUGAAGCUACUGAAACAGUCUGUGCUGCCACGUGUCCAUGGAUUAGCUUUGAAGACUACAGUUGCUGCGGUGCGAGUAAAUGCCUUGCGAUGUUUAGGAGAUCUUGUUCCAUCCUUGGAUAAAGCAGGUAUAGUGGAGAUCUUGCAGACCCUUCGGCGUUGCACUGCGGUUGACCAUUCUGCACCAACUCUUAUGUGCACCCUUGGAGUUGCUAAUGCAAUUUUUAAACAGUGUGGUGUUGAGUUCGCUGCGGAGCAUGUGGUUCCUCUCAUCUUCCCGUUGCUUACAGCACAGCAACUGAAUAUACAGCAAUUUGCCAAAUAUGUCCUAUUUGUCAAGGACAUCACAAGCAAGAUUGAAGAGAAGCGUGGUGUGACUAUUACCGAUAAUGGGAAUACAGAGGUGAAAGUAUUGCCUUCAGUGUCAAACGGGAUUCAUUCUAAACCAACUUCAGCAGGCCUGGGGCAAACUGGAUCAAUACCAGCUGCAAAGAGUUCAUGGGACGAAGAUUGGGGUCCUACUAAGAAAACCAGUGCUGCAGCUUCUUUUGAUUCCAGUACUCAAGCAAAGCAACCUUCAAAUGACCCAUUUGACUUCAGUACCCAAACAAAGCAACCCUCGACACUCCCUUUCGAUCUUGGUGCUCAAACAAUGCAACUGCCUACGGUCUCUCAAGUUACGGCAGCUACAAUCCCAUCUGCACAACCACUUCCAUCUCUGCAAUCUCUUGCACCCAGUUCAGGAACUCAACCUUCUGGCUCAUGUGUUCCUGUUGAAAUCGAGUGGCCUCCUAGAAAAAGCACGUCGCUGGACUUUCAUGCACCAUUUUCUAUUAACAAUGAGAGUAAAUCUGGAGAGCUGUCUAAUGAUGGACUCAAUGAUGUUGAUCCUUUUGCCGACUGGCCCCCCAAACCAAGCAGUGUGGCCAGUAUUUCAGCAGUUGAGCACCUGUCAAGCACAAAUCACAAUGUUUCAGGAUUGAACACAGGGAACAUGGGGUUUGGUGGUAGCAGUAAUUCGCUUGGGCAAAUGAAAACAAACCAGAUGAGCUGGUCAGCGAAACCAAACAAUACCAAUGUAAUGGGUGUGAAUUCUACUGUCAGCUAUUUGAACCAAGGCAACUCAUCUCUGGGAUUUGGGAACCCAAUUGGAGGACUGAGCUCAGGUUUCUCCAACCCAGCUAUUUCCAAUGCAGGCCAGAGCAUCAUGCAACCAAAAUCCGAUUUUGGAUCACUAUCACAGUCAUCUAGUGGUACACAGGGCCCACCCAAGCUUGCUCCUCCUCCGUCCGCUGCUGUUGGAAGAGGGCGUGGUAGAAAUCAAGGGCAAUCAGCACUCUCCCGAGCAUCACGGACUCCUCAUUCGAAUGUUUCAUCAGAGCAACCACCUUUUCUUGAUUUACUGUAACAAUACAGGAGUGUUCAUGUUCUUCAGUUUGCAGAUGGCACUGGGUAGUUCCUAUCACUUAAACUUUCUAUGCGCUGAGCAUUAUACUUUUCUCAAACAUGCUUGCAGCAAUGGCGUAUUUCCUUGUGAGUUGAAACUGGGUGGCCUUUGUUGCUAGCCGCAAAGAAGCUGCUUGGGAGCCUUCCUGAGGUUACAGAAUAUUCCCUUGCUUAAAAGUUUUCUUAUUUCAGCACUGAGGCCCUCUUCGGUUGGUAAAACAGGAUUAGAUUUGUUUGUGUAUAUCUUUGUCCAGAUUCAGGCUGUAUAUGUAGAGUUCAUCAGUAGUCCACUUGUUGUUAUGAUGUGAAAUUUUGGGUGCUCGGAAUGUACUACCAGAAUCUGAUGGGCCGCAUGAAGAUGGACCUGGGUCUUGUACUUGCACUUCUCUACACCAUGUAAUUCAUUUAUUGGCCCAUGUCGUGUAACUGCCAAAUUUCGGCCCGUCUGCAACUUUAACUGGAAUAUGUUGGGAAGGAUACUGUUGAUGAAUCCUGGUUUGUUGUGAUUAUUACUGUCAAAGUGAAUAAACUUUUGUUGCGUUUU